CACCAGUUCUCAGGCAGUUUGCGCGGUUCGGUCGACGCGUGCGCACGUCGUGUGCCCCACUAAAAUCAUCUUCGAUCGCGUAAAUUAGUGCUGUCUUUCGUGCCGUUACUAUUGUGUUUCACAACUGUUCAGUGCUUGUUUAUUUUUUUAAUUUGAACAUCGAACGCGAGAACAGCCAACGACUCUGCAAAGAGAUAUCGAGUAUACGUUUCCAAUGCCGCCUUUGAUAAAGGCGAGUACGGGAGACGUCCAAUAAACGAGUAACAAGACGACAAUGUGACAGGUUGACACGCAGAUUGUCCGCCAUCUUGAGUGACCAUAGACAAGCCAGAAGAUGGCGCUACUGUGGUGUAUACUGGCGUGCGCAGUGACGGUUGCGCGGGCGCAGUCCAACUAUGGCUCGCAGGCUAACAACAUCGAGUACCAGGGGGAGGGACUCCCUGAGCAGACUGUGUUGGAUGGGAAGGUGACAAAACUGGACGACCUGAGUCCGAUGAUCUUCCUUAAUAGAACGAAGGCGUCUCUCAACUGUGCUGCGGGCUCCAUGCAGGUGGACAUGAAGUUCAACGAGAAAUUCUAUGGCAUCGCGUACGCAGAUUUCGAUAGGCAUUCCGCGUGUCAAGUUGUGGGCAAGGGAGCGACGGCUUACAAACUGGAACUGCCUCUAAAGGGAUGCGGAACCAAACAGGAUCCACUGCGCGUGUUUACCAACAACAUAGUGGUGAGGUUCCAUCCAGGGUUGGAGAUGGAUGGAGACGAGGUCAUCACCAUUGUCUGUCGCUACCCGCCACCCAUUGUGCCCCAACCUGUCUUCAACCCAUUCUUGGCUGCCAAACCAGAACCCAUCCCACUGCCCGCGCCUCUGGCCGGGACACAUAUCUUGAUGAUCAUCUGCGCGAUUCUCUUUCUCACUCUUCUUCUACUCGGGCUCGGGGUAUCGUACUUGUGUUUGAGGAGACGCGCCCUGCCUCCGCCGAGGAGGCUGAUCGAUGACUCCUCAGCUUCCAUCAUCAGUAGGGAAAGUAUUCAAGAAGUGAAGAUCCCCCGAGCGCAUCCAGUUUACCCGCUGACGGCCGAGAGCGCCAGCGUCGCUUCGGACACGAUCCCGUCCGACUACCCCUCGGAGACGCCGAGCGAGGCCGAGCAUGUGGCGCACACGAACCAGGCCUUCAUGAUGGAGGAGUCUUACCAUAGCGAAGGUUACGGCGAAGCGCACGAGACGAGCGCGUCUAACGGACGAAUGGUCGCAGGCGCAGUGAUUCCGCCCGCGUUUGACGUCAGAGUGCGGGUGCAACGACCCCCCGUGCCACCGUCGCCGCCAUCGACUAUAACUGCCACGGAGACUGAUGCUGGAAGCAUGAGACAAACGCUGAUGACGGAGGAGCACCUCCGCGAGGAGUCGGUGCGCACGGUGUCGCCGGCGGCGCUGCCGCUGCCGGCGCGCGCGGCGCAGCUGCAGCCGCCGGAGAGGCCGCCGCGCCCGCCCCUCAAACAGGAAUGGUCGCGGCGACCGCGGUCUAUCGUCUCCCUCAACACAGAGAUGACCGACACCCAUUCGGUAACUGAAGUGACUGACGGAUCGCACGCCAGAAUGUUCCAUAUCAAGAAGCCCCCUCCUCCCCCACCCGUAAUGCGCGAGCGUUUGGAGAUGGAGGAACAAGAAGUGCUGAUGGAGAGUUUGGAGCCCAUACCGGAGACACCCAUCAUGCCGGCCAGGAAACCAGAAAUCACAUCGCACUUAGUCGACGACGUAUUCCUCCGUACGAUCACUGAGAAGAAGACAAUCGAAGACAUCGAACGCCACAAGCGUCUAGUCACAGAGUACAAGCAAGUGCCGCCGCCGCCACCGCAGUUUGACGUCACGAUCCGGAAUCACACUUUGCCGGAGGCCCAAUGGGAGAAUUUCUCAGACAUUAGCAGUGCUUCAGGGAUGACGCUGACGCCGAAGAUGGAGAGGGUCCCGAUGUCGCUGCCGCCUCAGAAGUAUAUUGGAAAAGGCGGUCCAGAUCUCUUCUCCCCCGAGCUGAUCAAACAAACCAGUCACGGCCACGUGUACCAACCUCCGACCUCCCCGGCAAACCUCCCCUUACUGCCAGAACUUCCCCCCGCCCGCAACCCCCUCUACAGGGAGGAGGAUGACGAAGAUGUACCUGAACCCACGCCAGCUCCGCCAGUGCCACCAAAUUGGAGCGUUUUGACUAGGGUUUUGAAGACAGAAGCGCAAGAUGAGGUGCUUCUGGAAACCGAACGUUCCAUGCGUUUGACACGCGAGGAGCGUCUCCGCUGGCGGGAGCUCAUCACCCACGAGAGUACUCUCAGGCGAGAACUCGCCCGGUCCAGUACGAGGGAUGAGUUCACUCGCGUGGCCCACGACCAUCGGUUUGCGCCGCUGUAUUCUCCUCAUAAAUGGGAGGUCAUCAUCAGGAUAUUAGCUCCACCUCCGGAUAGGCCCAAGAACCGUUACCGCAAGAAGAGCGAAUGGGAUUCCCGCUCUCGCCGCAGUUCGUUACCGACACUCUAUGAGUAUGACAGUGACGCCACUUCUCUGAGGGACCCGCAGCGCUCGCGCAGGUCUUCUUACAGGAGCGACCAUGUUGACAUGAGAUCGAUGUCCGAGAUGAUGGUGGACUACGCACGCGAACAAGCGGACACGCAUUCGGAAGUGUCCGCUGGAACUCAACUCGGGCGAUAUUACGACGACGAAAGCGACUCUGAACAUCCAUUCCAUCAGCACCAGCCGUGGUCACGAGAUUCGCUCCACCGCUCCAUCAGUCAGCCCUCCCUAGCGCGCUCGGCCACGGAGGUGGUGGAACAGUGGACCGCGCCCGAAGGUGACGUCACUCCCACGCCCGGACGACGAGUGAGAGGUCCUCAAGGCUUGACGACAUUCACGUCAUCAGAAGUAAGAACAUUCCAAGCAACAAAGGAGUGGCGCGAUUAAAAUAUUUUUUUGUGUGAUGUAAUCAUCACAUAAAAAUACCUAUAUA